UUUCAUUGCUCCCUUGAUAAUAAUUAAUUAUAUACAUUAAUUUGCUGAACCAAAAAUUACUAAAUGUAUUUAUAAAGUAACCAUAUAUGACCCUGUUGAAGAGGGAGGGUAAUCUAUCAAGCCAAUAAAUAAAGAUAUGACACCUACCUUCCCCCGAUGUCCAAAUCCUUUUGAUGCAUCACCAACAACUUCUUCUUCUUCUUCUUCUUCUUCAGCUGUAAAUUCGAAUCUGUCGUUUCCAUAUCCUCCGCUAUCGCAGGAACCACUUUCGUAAUUUUUUCUUCGGACAUUAUAUCCUUCACGGAAUGCAUACUACUACGUUAGCGUGGUUGGUUGGAGUGCUGUUUCUUGGCUUGUCAUCAACAACAGGGGCUUUCGCCCCCUCCCGGAAGCUGCUCGAGCGCAGCACGCUGGGCUUUCAGGUGACGUUAAAACAUGUGGAUGCUGGGGGAAACUACACGAAACUGGAGCUGGUGCGGCGCUCAAUGCGACGCAGCAAAACGAGGAUUGAAAGGCUGUACGCGAUGGCCUCAGACCCCGCGACCGAAUCCCACGUCCAUGCUGGCAAUGGCGAGUUCCUAAUGGAGCUGUCCAUCGGCACUCCGCCAUCGUCGUACCAGGCCAUACUUGACACCGGCAGCGACCUCAUCUGGACUCAGUGCAAGCCUUGCAAGCAGUGCUUCGAUCAGCCCACGCCCAUCUUCGACCCCGACAAGUCGUCUUCCUUCUCCAAGCUGCCCUGCUCCAGCAAACUCUGCUCUGCGCUUUCCAUGUCGUCCUGCACCCACGCCACCUGCCAAUACAUGUAUACUUACGGCGACUAUUCCUCAACUCAAGGUAUCAUGGGCACCGAGACUUUCACAUUCGGUUCAGUUGGUGUCCCGAAAAUCGGAUUUGGAUGUGGCGCAGACAAUGAGGGCGGCGGGUUCAGCCAAGGCAGCGGGCUUGUGGGAAUGGGACGAGGACCAUUGUCGCUCAUCUCCCAACUAGACGUGCCCAAGUUCUCCUACUGUCUAACUUCCAUUGAUUCAACCAAAACGAGCACUCUUGUAAUGGGAUCACUAGCCGCAAACGACACAUUCGCCGCCAAGGACAUGGUAACUACGCCAUUGAUCACGAGCCCAUCAUCCCCAUCUUUCUACUACCUCUCCCUCCAUGGGAUCACCGUGGGCGACAAGCAGCUACCCAUCAAGAAGUCGAGCUUCGCGCUAAAUGAGGAUGGCACCGGCGGCGUCAUCAUCGACUCUGGAACAACGAUUACAUACCUGGAAGAGGACGUUUUCAACCUCCUUAAAAAGGAAUUUGUGACACAGAUGCAGCUCCCCGUCGAUGACUCCGCAGACACGGGGCUCGACCUCUGCUUCAAGAUACCAUCUGGUGCCACAAACAUCGACGUGCCGAAGCUGAUAUUCCACUUUGAAGGGAAUGGGGCAGACUUGGACCUGCCGGGGGAGAACUAUAUCGUUGCGGACUCGAGUGGAGUGGCGUGCCUGGCCAUGGAGAGUUCCAGCGGAAUGUCCAUUUUUGGCAACUUUCAGCAGCAAAACAUGCUGGUGGUUCAUGAUCUUGUCAAGGAAACUAUAUCCUUUGUGCCCAAACAGUGUGAUCAGUUGUAACCAUUUUUGUUGCCCUAUGUUUGGGGACUCUUUGCCCUGCUUCCUUUGCUGUUUGUAAUUAAGGGUGCGUUCACAGUUAAUUUU